AUGGCACAAAAAGGGCCUCAGGCCUCUGAGGUGACCGUUCUACCUGCUGGCACCUUUGAGUUCGAAGGGCAGCCAGGCAGAAGGUUCGAUGGCAUAGUGAAGUUGUUCAAUGCAGAGAAGGGAUGGGGCUUUGUCACCAGCGAGGAGAUCGCGCAGCUUUUCUCUGGAAAGGAUAUUUUCCUGCACAAGAUUGCUCUUCAAGAUGCUGGAAGCCUUCCGCAAGCUGGACAGGAGGUCAGCUUUAAGAUCGAAGUGGGAGACAGCGGCAAGCUGCAGGCCAAGGAGGUUGUCCUGGAGGGCAUGGAUCACACAACUGGCUUUGAGGUGGCGUUCUGUUCGAUUGCCAAGUCCUCCAGUGAGAGCUGCUCCAUUCUGAUCCGACUUCUCGCCAAAAAGAUUGCGUGCACCAACAAUGCCAACUGGGAAAUGUGGGGAUGCAAGAUUGCCGCUGUGUUCCAGUGCUGUAUAGCCUGCAUACUCAUCGACGGACGCAGGUCCAUCACGGCUGUGCCAGCUGGCUACCGUGCCAGCCAGGCGCUGCCUCCCACGCUUCCAGUGGUGCCCACGACCACUAUGGCACAUCCAGCAUACGGGGCGCCAGUUCCCAUGAGCUUUGCAAGUCCUCACCCUGCGAUGCUGGCCAGCACAUCCGGCUUGCCUAUGCCUGGGCCUGGGCAAGCCGGACCUGUGUACGCUGCUCCAGUGUCAGGUUCACAACAAGAUCCUGCAUCGCCGGCCAGUGUUGACAGCGAUGGCACAAAUGGACCUUACACGCGUGGCUUUCCAGACCCGGCAUCCAUAGAGGAGCAGAAGAAGCACUACUGCAGGAGCUUGGAAGAGCAGCUCGAGGAAGGAAACAAGUCACUGCAGCAGCAAAAUGUCGAAAGAAAGAAGCAACUGCAUGAAGCCGCAGAGCAGCAAAAGCAAGCAUUGCUGCUGCACAUGGAUCAGCAAGUCAAGAUGCAGGAAAUGGCGCUUGAUGAGCAGACCAACCAAGCAAUGAUGGGCCUGAAGAAAGCAGCUUUGGACCAAAGGGCGGCCCUGGAGCAGCAAGCGGCGUCACUAACACUGGAAUACCAGCAAAGGAAAAUGCAUGAGGAGUUCGCUGCCACGCAAGCGGAAAUGCAGAGGCAGUACAUGGACUCGCACAGCAAAUUACAAACCGAGGUGCAAAGAUAUCAGAACGAAUCGAAGUCCAAGAUGCACGCUGAAUGGCAGCGACAGCUCAAGGAGCGAGGUGAUGUCCUGGGACCCUCUGCGAUGCAGCCGGUUGUGUCCUUUCCGCAGUCUCAAGCGACUCCCCAGGCACAUCAAGCACCUCCUGCCUCAGUUCCGGUUUCUAUACAGUCUUACCAGUCGUAUCCAGUGGCCUCAGCCGCCCCAAUGCAAAGCUCAUUGAGCUGCUCCACGCGCCAGCUGAUUGCCACUCAGCAGCCGCAGCCGAUGCUUCCACAGGUUGUGACCCGCCAGGCGUACGCCUGA